AUGGCGUGGGAUCAUUUAGAUAUCGAUAAGCCCCAUCUGGCGUACAUGAUCCUGGGUGGGUUUACCAGUCUGUUCAUGUUAUGUUCGCUCUUCGUCAAGGAGAAGCUGUACAUCGGUGAAGCCACCGUUGCCACUCUAUGUGGUAUCAUCUUCGGGCCUCAUGCGGCCAACCUCUUCAACCCCAUGUCCUGGGGCAAUGUCGACAAGAUCACGCUGGAAUGCUCGCGCAUCGUCCUGGUUGUCCAGUGCUUUGCCGUCGGAGUCGAAUUGCCCAAGGCCUACAUGGAACGCCACUGGAAGUCGGUGUUUUUGCUGCUGGUGCCCGUCAUGACCUGGGGCUGGCUAAUCACGAGCCUGUUCAUCUGGUGGAUGGUGCCGCCUCUCUCGUGGCUCGAGAGUCUGAUCUGCGCCUCCUGUGUCACCGCCACCGACCCCGUUCUCGCCUCUUCGGUCGUCGGUAAAGGUAAAUUCGCUCGCCGAGUGCCCAAGCACUUGCGAGACCUCUUGUCCGCCGAGUCCGGCUGCAACGACGGCAUGGCCUUCCCGUUCAUUUAUCUGGGGUACUACAUCUGGCGCUACCGCCCCCAUGCGGGCGAGGUGUCGCUGCAUUGGUUCUGUGUAACCAUCCUGUACGAGUGUAUUUUUGGUGCGGUCUACGGGUUUAUCAUUGGGUAUCUGGCCCGGCACGCGAUCAAGCUCGCCGAAAGGAAGGGGCUUAUCGAUCGUGAAAGUUUCCUGGUCUUCUACUUUGUGCUCGCCGUCUUCUGCGCCGGCUCGGGCAGUCUACUGGGCAUGGACGACCUCCUGAUCGGCUUUGCCGCCGGUGUGGGCUUCAGUAAUGACGGAUGGUUUACGGAGAAGACAGAGGAGUCCCACGUGUCCAACGUCAUCGAUUUGCUACUCAACUUGGCUUACUUUGUGUAUUUUGGAUCGAUCAUUCCCUGGGAGGACUACAACAACCCAUCGAUUGGUCUGCAGCCCUGGCGACUGGUUGUGAUAGCGAUCUUGGUCAUCUUCUUCCGUCGCAUUCCGAUCAUGCUGAUAUUGAAACCGAUUAUACCGGAUGUGAAAACAUGGCGCGAGGCAUUGUUCGCUGGCCAUUUCGGGCCGAUUGGCGUCGGCGCGAUCUUUGCGUCGAUCUUAGCACGGGCCGAACUGGAGGGACAUGGCACCAGUCCAUUAGGGGAGUCAGAGCUCCCGGCGGCUGGUUCUUCGAAUUACUAUAUCGUUCAGCUCAUUUGGCCAAUCACGACCUUCAUGGUCAUUUCCUCAAUUUUGGUUCACGGCUCCUCUAUCGCCGUCUUUACGCUCGGCAAGCGGAUCAACACCCUUACCAUCACGUUGUCCUACACCACCGCCAACGAAGAGGGUCCCUCCUGGAUGAAUCGUCUGCCGCGGGUGCAAUCCCUCGCCAAGGGUUCUAUGUCCUUCCGCAAACCGGAUGAGGAUGAAUCCUCCAACGAACCCGAUUAUCCUCCGGGUACACUGCCUCCGAUUGGAGUUCCGGGUAACUUCUUGCGUCGUCAGAAGGAAGACGAAACGGACCCGGCACGUGCCCGAUCGACGAGUAGGACCCGUAGAAGACGCCGCAGACGCAACGAUGGAGCGGGUGGUCCCAUCAGCCAGUCGGCCAUCGCGCCUCAGCGAACCGCAGAUAAUGAGAAAUCCGAGAAGCAGGAAGAAGAACGCGAAGAGGAGGAAGAACGCGAUAGGAUCGAACGGGAAUCCUCUCCUCCUAACCGGGAGCGCGAUCGCUUCGGCCAAGAGCCCGUCAUGGAAGUAUACCUGGAGGGUCAUAACAUGAUCAUGGAGGAUGAAGAGGGUAACGUUCUGAAGGUCCAAGACGUCAGUCACAUGUCCGCAGAAGAGCAGAAACAACACAUCGAGGAACAGCGGCAGAAGUUACAACAGAAUUCGGCCGAGUUUGCUCCCUCUCGCUCACAUCCCCACGAGAAGGACGAAGGCGAGGAAAUCGAGAAGACCCUGGAAGAAAAGGCCGAACGUUCUGUCGAAAAGACUCGGAAGAUGAUUGGUAACUGGAUGAAAUUCGGCAAGGGCGGCGAUCGUGUCCAGGUGCCCGUUCACACCGAGGAGGAGAAGGCUGCAGCCAAGCGCAAGGCCGAGAAAGAAGUUCACAAGCGCAAGGGCAAGGGCCGCUCCGCUCAUGCGUACCAGUUUGGCAACACGAUUAUCGUCGAGGACGAAGAUGGUGAGGUCAUCAAGAAGUACUCGAUCCCCGCGAAAGAAAAGCCCAAGCCUGAGGGUAACGCUCCGGUUCGACGAGGACUGACCCGGAUGGGUACCUGGUUCGGCAUGGAGGAAGAGGGUGAAAGCUCGCAAGCGGCCCGCAAGGCGGCGCAGGACGAAUGGCUGGCAGAUGACGGUCUGCGUUUCACCCUGGCUGACGAUGGCGACGUCGGAAAGCGCGGCAUCGAACACAAGGGUCGUCGCAUGACCAAGCAUGAAUUCGCUCAACAGAUCCGCAACCUGGGCCCCAAGGCUCGUCGCGAUGUGGUGGAGGAAACCGAUGCCCCGGAGCGGGUGAAGGACGUUGCGCGCCAGGAAGCCGAGAAGGCGGAGGAGCAAGAGCAAGAGCGCCGCAAGUCGGAUCCCGGUGUUGCACCCUCAAUCCCCGUUUUCGACGAUGAUUCCGAAUCCGAGACUGACCUCAGCGACGAUGAAUCGGGCCAUGGGGUUCCCGGCGACAACGUCGCCGCCUCUCUGGCCCGGUUCAGUCGUGGUACCGCCGCCGAUGAGCGGCGCUCCCGCCACCUGAGUCCGAAAUCAUCGUCUCCGAAGACGCAAGCUCGAUCGCGCAGAGAUUCCGAGGAUGACGGCACCGAGCGUGUGCCGCCCGCUCAAUUGCGCGAAGCGGCUGGCCUCGCCCGUCCGCCUCAGCAGGCCGAUGACGAUACGGGCGAAACGCCCGCCGAGCGACGGCGUCGUUUGGCUGCACUGGGUGAAAUCAACAACUCGGACGAUUCAGAUGACUCCGAUACUCCGGUGGAUGAUGUGGAUGAAUCCGACAGCGAGAACAACGGCCCAAACCAUAGCAGGGUGCAGUUCGCCGAUGGCACCAAGGACAGUCGCCAGCAGUCAUUCAACGGUGGUAGCUCGGGUGAAGCCCAGGAUACGGGGUCGACCUACUCGCGCCACAGCCGCAGUGCCAGCCGUCGCAGCAUUUCCUGGGGAGAGAGGGUUGUCGGCUGCUCGCUGGGAGGUAGAGCUCCGCGUGGUAACCAUUCUGUUGCAAGGGAUCGCAAGUCCCUGGGAAGGUUGAUGGAUGUACCACAAGUAUGGCGCUUGAUCAAGGCGCGGGAGGAUCGUCCCCGCAUGAGCGUGUGGUCGUUCAACGCGUUCGACCUCCAUCAUCUGUCUCAUGAAGUUCUCAACGAGGCUUCUUCCAUACUGUAUAAGGGGUUCAAACUAGACAUGAGCACCAACCAGCAGACUUUGUUUCCGUUCUUCACCAUUCCACAAGGGCAUGGGAUAUCCCUUAGAGCAGGAAUACUUGCUAAAGUUCGUGGACGCAGGAUCAUUGAUCUUCAAGUUUGGGGCAGCCUGCUGUGGUGGGAGUUGGCUGUGUCCUUUUCUGAGGGAGAAGUCUUCGUCUUUGAAGCCUGCGAUAUUGUCGUUCUUGUACCGCGUUAA